AUGCCAUGGCUGAGCCGUCUGCACUGGACGCUGUUUCUCUUUGGCCAUGGACACGACGACUAUCCGGCUGCAGACCAGCCGGACUACUGGAACCAAGUCUACAAAGUGCAAAGCCUGCACGGGCGCUCCCUGUACGAGUGGUACGGUCUUGGCUACCAGCAACUGCACAGUUCUUUGAUGGAGCUGCUGGAACCGCUGCCUGCUCACUCGGCCAGCACAGCGAGGCUGCUCGUGCUUGGAAGCGGCGACUCCGCCCUGAGCGCCGAGCUGGCUUCAGACAAGGUUCUCGAGAAGCAGAACUUCGAGGUCAUCAGCAUCGACUUCUCCGCUGAGGUGACAGAACGGAUGAGGCGGAGAUUCCCAGAUUUAACUUUCCUCACCAUGGAUGCCAGGAACAUGUCAGAUUUCGGUGGUGGCUCUUUUGUGGCUGCCGUCGACAAAGGCUUGUCUGACUGCCUCGGCACAGUUGCGUCCCGGAGACAGUACUUCCAGGAGGUGCGACGGGUGCUUGUUUCAACCGGGCGUCUGCUUGUGGUGUCGCAGCGAAGGCUGUGGGCAGGUCAAGAUUUGCUGUCAGAUGACGACGAGGAUGAGCUAGAUACCUUCCGUGAGCGACACUCAGAGGCUCAUGACCUGGGACCCGGCUGGUCCUGCAAGGAGCAGGAGAUGUAUGGGCCGCUGUUUAUGGAGAGCGACGAGAAGCAGCCUCCCUUUCCACAGCCAGGUUGGCUUGCCGCGUUUCUGCGACCGACGGCGGCAGCUGAGAUGUCAAAAAGCCAUGCGCUGCACAGGCUCCGGCUAGAUGUUUCCAAAUGGCUGAGUGACUGGGCCUUGUCAGAGCCAGCCUCCUUGAAGGAGUGGAAUCAAGACUCCGUGCGGUCCCAAGCCAAGGAGGAGGGGGCGUUGAUCGCGCGGCUUCCAGUUCAAGUCCCCACGGAUGGAGAGGUUGUUGAUGUCCAGUUGAGUGACCUCCGAGUGGGGCGACGGAUGAAUUCGCGGCGGCCGGUCCUUUGCCUCGGGAAUCUCAAGUUCUGUCAGGACUGCAUCGAUGCCUCCAUGGAGGUUCAGGAGGCCAUGGUCCGUACGGACUUCCUGCUUGUGCCCGUGCUCUGCAAUCCUUCUGACGAUGAUGUGCCUGCCCUGGCCGCAGCGGUGAAAGACCUGAGCUUCGUGGCACUGCCUGGGAAGGAUCCAAAAGGAGAUUGGGCACUGCUCUCCGAGAUUCAACUCGCACAGGUUCGCAGUCAGGGCUUGGACGAGGACGUUGGCCAGGCCAUCAUCAUCAAAAAGAAUGGGCGUGUUGGCACUCGAUUCCUCGGAGUGCCGGACUGGAAAUCUUUAACUGCCGAGGUGGACGCUCGUGUGAAACUGGGAUUGGACACGCGAAACGUGUGA